AUGACAAAAGGAAAAUUAUUAAUUGAAAUAGAAAAAGGUUUAGAGGAUAGAAAAAUAACUCGUUUAGAUUUAUUAAAAUUGGUGGGAAUUGAUUAUUGUUUAGAAUGUAGGGGAUAUUAUUAUGAGGAAAGAACCGCUGAGGUAAAAUUAAAAGAAAUUAAUAAUAAAGAAUUAUUAAGCGAAGUAGAAACAAGAUUUAAAGGAGGAAUUAUUAACCGCCGAGAAUUGUUAAUGCUAAUAGGGAUUAAACAUUGUUUAGGUUGUGGUGAUAAUUGCGAAGAAUGUGAAAAAAACUCUCCUACGAUAGAAGAAAAUGGUUAUUGUCAAGAUUGUAAUAUGGGCGGAGUUUUAAUAAGCAGUGAAUAA